GUUCCUACCCGCCAGAACGGGAAUACAUACGUGGAUUUAUAGCAUUCAUUUUCUUUUUACAAGCAGCUUGCUUCUUAGGGUGAAGGUGGAGUAAAUACUCCUUCAAACUAUGCAAGUAAUACAAUGAAAGUGAUGCUAAAGCUUUGUUAGAUUCCUGUUGAGUACUGAAAAAAAAAUUGAUUUGCAUCUUUAAUGGCUGAAGCUAUGUCAAGGGAAAAUAUGGAAACUCCACCUCCAGAACAGCCAGUCAGAAGGACGACACGAAGUGCAUUGGUAGAAAUCCCUGCGAGAAUGGGAGCUUUGUCAGUUUCUGAUAACCGUCAUAAUGUGAGAAUGAAUGGAACUGCAAUGACUAAUUUGUUAGUUGAUGUGAGUUCCCCUAACAUUCCUUCAUCAUUCAUAUCACCAGCUCCUUCUCCUGAUGAAAUGGUGAUUGCACAGCGGGGCAGGCGAAGGCUUCCUGUCACUUGGAGUCCAGAUAUGGAUGCAAGGAUCCCUAUAAUGAGUCCUAAUAAAGAAAGAACUCCUGUUAAAUAUCCAAGUACAAUUGUCUUAAGAAGUACACCUCGUAAAAGACUUCUUCUCAAUGAUUCUUUAGAUACACCAUCUCCAGAAAAGAAAAGGAAUAUUUCUCCUAGUGUGAAAGCCUCACCAGGCAGCAAAAGACUGAGAUCUGAUCGCCCUAUUGUCCCAUUUUGUGGGCCACUAAAUAUUGCCCUCAGAGCUUUCCCAAAAGAGCAGCUUAUAGAGAUAAUACAGGGAAUAGUUAGCAGAAAUUCCAGCAUUGAAGAGGAUGUGAAACAAAAUCUGCCUGCGCCUGAUAUGAGACUGGUGAUGGACAAACUUCAUGAUUUGAAGAAGAAUAUUUUUAAAUCUCUUCCUACAUCGAGGCUUACAUCAAAAACCGAUUCGCCUGCAUACACCAGAGCAUCUACUCAUGUUAUGGCUUUUAAGAAAGUGCUACUGGAAGAGGGAAGAGUUCUUGUAAGCAGCCAGCAAUGGGAGUAUGUAAUAGAAUAUGCUACAGUAGCUUGGGAAAUUGUUGCUGGUACUCCAGUUUGGGAUAAUCCCCCCCACAAUGCACCCCGCCGUCACUGUUUUAAGUUUCUUGCAUCACAGAUUUCCGCUGCGCUGAAAUCAUCAUCUCAUUGGACCCAAGAACAGUUAGAUACUCUUCAAGAAAAAUUGAAAGGCUUCAUUCAAGACAGUGAAGACAUUGUUCCAACAUUGAAACUAGUGGAAUCUAUGGUCAGAAGAAAAUGAACUGUAAAUCAGUUAGAAAUUUUGUUUGUUAAGGGAGGGAGUGUUGCAAGAUUCAUGUCCUUCCUUUUUGCUUGUAAAAAUUGACAAAUCUGUGAGACCUGAUCAGUGCCUUAAAAGUAAUUUGUUUAUGAUUUUUUCCCGUGUUUAGAUUUUAAAAACGUAGGUAAAUUUAGUGAGUCAAAAUGGAUGUGGCCAGCAUUUAAAAAGGAACUAGGCCUAAACAAUGGGGGAUUUGUUAGAAAUUUUGUAUAAAACAUAACGCUUUGCAAGUUAUUGCUGGCAACUUAUUUAUUUUACGGUUCUGUACCAUCAUCACUGUGUGAUAGUUGUAACAUUUUACGCUUUGAACAAUUGUUGAUUUUCCAUUGAGCAUAUUAUAUGUUAUGUUGGAAUAUGUUUUAAUUAUAGGUUAUUAGUUUUUAUGAGGGUGAGUUAUUGCUAGUUAAAUACUACUUAAGUCUCGUUAGUACAAAACCAAAUGUGAACCAAAUCAUCAUACAUUAAUUUAUUUAUAUAUUUUAUUUAUACAUUGUAAUGCUGAUCUGUAAACAUAAAAGUUUCUGAUUAUUUUUCUCCAUUAUUCUGAGAAUCAUCAUUGUCACAUAUGCCUUUGACUUAUGGAUGUAUCUAAACAUAGCGGCUAAGGCAUUAAUAUAUUAAUUUUUUUUUUUUGUUUUUAGACUUAUAUUUUACUUUAGCUGAAAAGUAAUGUUUCAAACCAUUAUUUGUAUUAAAAUUUGAAGAAUCAAACCUUGAACAUCUGAUCAUUGUAAGUGUGUAAAAUGCUAUGGUUCUUGAAUUACUCGUUGUUUUAAGUAUUCGAUUAUAAUGAAAUGCAUAAUUUGCAUAAAAUGCACAGGUUAUAUAUGUUUUUAUGUAUAUUCUUUAUUGUUUGUUUUUGGUAGCAGGAUGGACUUCAAAUUAAAAUUUAAGUGUAGUUAAUUAUUGUUUGCUGUAGAAUAUUUAUUAUUAAGUUGCAUCUACUUAAUGGGCACAGUUUUGUUUGGAAUAAUUUAAACAAACAGAUGUGGUUAUUCACACAUCGUAAUUGCCAUGAAUUAUUUUAUUUUAUGUACUUUUACUAAUUUAAUUUAUGUAUUUAUGAAAUAAACAUAUUCCCCUAUC